CAGAAAACCGUCGUGGAGCUCGGUACGCCGUGGAGCUCGCGAUCAGAAAAAUAUACCAACCAACAUCUACAUAAACACGAUUCUUCUUCGCCGAAGAACGAACGUUUUCCCAGGCCGUGUUUUGUGCGAGUGUGCGGCGAGUGUGUCUGUGCGCGUGUUACCAUUUGCAUUACCAAUUUGGCUUUAAGCUGCAGCUUGCUUUUCGUUCCAUUUCGCCGCGUUGCAUUUCUCGGAUCGGUUUGCCUUACGUCUCGUUUUCGUUAUUUUUGGGAGGCCUUAGCCGUAAUUACUGGGCUGGCCGCAAGAAAACGUGUUUGUUACAACAAGAGCACCAGCUGCAUUUCACUCAAAAAAGUGUUUGCCGAAUAAACGGCGAAAGAAGAAAAUAAAGAAUACACGAGUGCUCCGUCAAAAAAAGAAAAGAGGUGUGCGUUCUUCUCCUAUUUGUUCGCCAGUUAACAUUGUGCUCAUAAUUUAUUGUACCAGCGAUAUGCAAAUAGAAAGCAACAAAUCCGUACAUCAAGUGGAAUAUUUCAACGUUUAGUUUGUCAAGCCGAAAGGUUGCAGCGCUUAAUGGCCGAUGGAUAAAGUGAGUUGCGAACCGAACAGUAUCGGAGCUCACUCCUCGGCAUAUUCCGCGGCAAGUGGGAGCAGCAAAAGCAUCAGGAAAACCCACAAAAACAGCCCAGAAAAAUAACGAAAAGCCAUUGAACGGCCGAACGACGGAAAGAUAGAGAGACUAACCAGGCAGCAGGCGGUUUUCAGCUGAUGACGACCAAAGGACAGAGUGCAUCAGGGCCAUUAUUUUAAAUUGGCUAUUAUGUGCGCACUAGCAACGAGGACAGAAAGCUCAUGUACGACAAGUCCAAGAAAUCGUGGAGUCAGCGGCUCAAGACCCUCGGCAGCCCUGACACAAGCGACAAGAACGCUUCUCUAGCCGCCGUCAGCGGCAUGCAGGCCAUGCAGCAGCUGCAGCUGCACCAGCAGCAGCAACUCCAGCUGCAGCAGCAUCAUCUCCAGCAGCAGCAACAGCAACACUUGCCCCACCACGCCCACCAGCAGAUGGUGGCCGCCUACCAAUUGCCGCCCGUUCCCGCCGCCGAGUUCCUGCCCAGCGCCCUGUCGCGCUCCAUGAAGUAUGCCGAGCCCUGGAUUUAUGGGACGGUGAGGGGAAUACCCGCUAGGCCCUCCUACGGAUAUCAUCCCCAUGCCGCGGCUAUUUUCGCGGCUGCGGAGGGGGGCGGGGGACUGCUGCACGGUGGCACCACAGCCCUGGCCGUGGUGAUCUGUUCGUGUCCGGAGUAUCUCAACGGAACGAAACGUGAUGUGAAAAAGGCGAGCGUGUGCAAAAAGUGCAAGGGCUCCCGACUGCCACUUGCCACAAUCGGAGGUGGGGGAACUUCUGGUGGGGGAACAGUGCGUCUGCCAGCUGUCAGCGGAGGUGCCAGCACCCGACGACCUAUAUCCGCCACAAUGCGUGUGGUGAGCAGCUCGAAAAAAUCACGUCCCUCUAUUCUGGAUCCGCAGAAGGAUCCCUACGACCUGAUGCGACGCACGCGACUGCUGUCCCCCGAACCGAGUUCCCAGCACGGCCAGCAGGACUCGAAGGAUGGCAAGUCACGUAGCGGGAUGGGAGGCAAUCAGCCCAGGGGUCGUCCGCGCACCAGGGCAGCCCCUCCGCCGCCAACUUCAGUCGCCGUUUCCUCCGCUUCCUCGUCCUCCUCCAAGUUGCAGGCUGUUACCCCACCAGCUCCCGAUCCCUCGGACUGCUGGCUAAUGGAGGACAACGAGUCCUUGUUGCAGAGCAGCGGCCUGGCCUCGAGAGCCUCCAGCCGACGAUCCAUCCUCCGCUGCCACGUCAAUCCCUAUGACCUGAUCUCAAGCGAAAACUCCGGCAAGCUCCGGAAGCACCACGAUGACUUCCAUCUGGCCGACGCCCAGCUAAAUGAUGAUGAAGUGAAAGAACGCCAGAAGAGCAACAGCAAGAAGUUCUACAGCGGCAAUGUAGCGGCUAUAGCUGGCCAGAGAAUCAGCCUGGGGGCUGAGAAUGAUAAUGCCGAUGCGGGUGACAGCUACGAGCGAAUUAUUAUAGCCUCCAAUAGCGAGGGGCCGCGACGACCGCCACGCAAUAAAAAACAGGAUGAGCCGCCGGCAACUCCAGCCGCCAAGUCCCCUACAGCCUCGCCUGUUGCAACUCCUGCGGCAGCCACUGCACCGGCAAAAUCUCCAGAGAACAAAGAUGACAAUGAUGAUGGUGACGAUGACGAGGGUUCGGCUUAUACAGUGCUCACUGUGACGCCCACCUCGCCGGCCAUCAAGUCUAUACUAAAACGGCCCUCAACCCUUGAGCUGCCAGUCACAGCGACUAUAUCUUCGAGCAUAUCUUCAGCUGCAGAUACUGCCACGUCGACCGAAAGUUCUGGUGUCGCGCUGGCGACGCCCUCGGGCAAGUCACAGUUCUAUAUCCCGACGCCGACAGGGACAGCUGGCACAACCACGCCCACGGCCACAUCAACACCUACGCCCACACCCACUGACAUGGCAACACCAACAACUCUGAGCUCUGGCUCACGCAAAAAAGUGCAAUUUAUGGUCGAGGAUAAAAUCAUAGCCACGACUGCGACAGCGGCGACAACUGAUGACAGUGAUGCCAGUGUUGUUCCUGCCACGAAAACAAACUACGAGUACUACAAUCGCAAGCGGAAUGCAUCAGCAGCCACAGCAGCAGCAGCAGCAUCUGCAGCAACAGCAACAACUGCUGCAACAUCUACAGCAGCAAUAUCAGUUCCAGAUCAGCAGGAGGCCCCACUGUUUGCAGCUGACGUUGAUGAUGAGCGAAACUUUACAGCUUCCGCUGAGCCAACGCUGCACAUUAAGCCGGAUAGUUUGCAUUAUGAAGAUGUUCUGCCAGGACCUCAAAUAUUUGACAGCAGCAACAGCGAAAAGUCCACCAAAUUAUUAUUGCCAACGGAUCCUGGGUCGCCGCAUGUCACUGCGAAUUCUGGCACAUCACCAGGAUCCGGGGCAGAAAUUGCAGGAGUAGGAGAAGCAACAGCAACGGCAACGGCAACGCCAACCCAAAAGACGACAGCAGCAAAUCGCGAUUAUGACGACGAUGAUGACGAGCACAACGACAAGGAUGAGAGUCACGACAACAGUCCUGGCAAAGGCAACAAACACAGGACGAACAAGCAGGAGCCGGAGAAGAUGAAGGAGGUCGUCGCGGGUGGCCAGAAGGAGCGGGAGGCGCAGGAGGGAGCGCUGAAGAAGGAUGCUGUUGCCAAGCCUGCGGCAAGUCAAAAGCGUGCAGCACAAACGACACAAUCGCGAAAUCCCAUCAGACGAGCGCACAGUGAACGGCAUUUGUCGACCGCGCCCCUAUCCGCCCACGCCCACGGCCACGGCCAUGUGGCCUCGUCUAUACCCCAUUCCCCCCCAGCCAGGACUAACCACACCCAUGCCCAUUCUACGUCCAUGCCUUCAACUCCAGCCAGCGGGCCGGCGAAUGUCAUUUUAAAUUUUAAGGACACAAUGGCACUGCGCAUAAAAAGCAACCGCAGCGACUCGAGAGAUUUAUUUCAAAGGCGGCCAACGGAGCCGCCUCCGCCGCCCCCAUCGCCUCCCAAGGCCAAGGAGCCGCAAGGAACUGGCAAAGGAUUAGAGGAGUCGCAACCACAGCCGCACGAAAUCAAUAAGUCGUCUCCUUCGCAGAUUCCCAAUCCCCAGAGGACUGUGGUGCGAGUCGCUCCAUUCAAGCAGCAAAAUGGGGAGCUGGAGGUUCAUCGCCUCAAGAUCUCCCACAGCGAGGAGGACUCCGAUCUGGGGGUGGAAUUGCGCCGCAGGCCAAACAGAUUACUCCUCACCACCGGCGAGCAGGAGGAGGAUGUGGCGCCCAAGAAAACUUCGAUUCUGAUAAGCGGCGAUGAUUGCUAUUCCACGAUGAAUCUGAGUGCGGACGCGGCUCAGCCCUUAUACCAAUCAUCGGUGGUGGUCAACAGCCAGUCGACAACCAGUGUGUGCAUCAGUGUAAGCGGCGGCGAGGAACGCCAGGACCAGGACCAGGAGCAGCAGCUCAACCAGCUGAACACCCUAAGGAGCCAACAGAUGGGCAUAGCCAUCAUUCCGAUUCGGGGCAGCACGGAAGUCAACCUCCAGCGCUCAGUGUCUUGCAUAUCUUCCACUUCAAGCAGCUCCACCUCCAGCAGCAGCAGUUCCAGCGGCCGGGGAAGGACCCUCAUCCGUUUGGACUACGAAAGGGAGCGCAAAGGAGCCGCCACGAGCAGUACGGCCAUCAACGCUCCGCCCGUAAUAAGCUCCACGCCGGCCACGCCUCCACCCCCGGAGUCACCCGAUUCCAAGCUGGUGCCCCAUGAAACAGAGCUCCUGAAAAUCCUACGAAACCCCGUAGAGGCAGUGAAACUCAAUCUAGUGCCUCAUGUUUGCGGUUUGAGGGCUCCAGCCGUCGGUGAGGGUGGCCGAUCCAAGAAAAUGCAAGCCGAGGUGACUGCUUCACCACCAAAGGAGUCCGGUUUCAUUGCCAAGCUCUUGCAGGAUCCUAUGCUGGGCCAGGUGGCCGAGGGCCUCGAAACGGAUACCGUGGCCGAGCUGAUCGAGAACUCACUGCAGAGACUCCAGCAGGCCCGCCGAGGAAUCGAUAUGAGCGGCACCAAAGACCACGACGACAUGAACCGCCUGAUCAGCGCCUCACUGCAGCGCAUCCGCCUGGAGAGACAGCCCGGAGAUAGCCCGGCUCCCAGCCAAGCAACCAAAGAGGAGGACCGCCUGUCCAAUCGGGGCAGCAUCAGUUCCGCCAACAGCUUCGCCUCCGCACACAACUACGAGCUGUUCGAUUUUGAUUCCGGAGCCAAUGGCAACGAGUCUGACUGUUACCAGAGCUGCUCGAGCGAACUAACUGCCUCGGGAAUCAUCGAGGAGGAGGCCGAAAAAGUUUCCGAAAUGGACUUGGAUGCUGCCACGCGGGCCAAGUUCUAUCAACUUCUGGUGGAUGCCACUCUGGCUGAGAUUGAGCACUCCACACAUGCGGAUCAGGAGCUGGGAAAUGGAGAACACCAUUACGAGUCCAUAAGACACAACGGGGACCCUAUUUACGAGGAAAUCCACGAGGUUCCGCCACCACUGCCACUCACGGCUCCUCCCCUUAACGAUGCCGAGCAGGAAAAGAAGGCUGCCCGUUCAAUUUUUGAGGGAGCCUCCAAGUAUGAUAUACUCUCGUACCUGGUCGAUGCCAAGGAGCGGGGCUUGGCGCGGGAGGAAAGUUUCGACUACGGAAAUAAUCCCAAGAUUAUUGAGGAGGAAGCCACCGACACACUGAGCGAAUUGGACAAACGACAAGCGGAGGAAAGGGAGAGGGAGCGAGAGCGGGAGAGAGAUAGUGGACAGAGCAGCAUGAGCUCCUUGUCGCCACCACCACAUAGCUUCAUAUGCGGCGGAUCGGGUGGCAAGUCCGGCAGCGAUGUGGAGCGCCAGGAUUCGGGAGUGGGCUCCGAGACCAGCAAGACAUCCCGCAGCAAGUACCAGGCCACGCCCACAGUGCUCCACCUGUGCGAGGACUGCGAUGGAGCCGUAGAGAUGCAGGUCGGCGACGGAGGAGUGCUCUACGCCCCGCUCGUCUGCCGAAAGUGUGGAAAGAAACGCGUGGAACGCAAGGAGAUCAUCACGGAGAUCGUGGAGACGGAGGAAAAGUACGGACGGGACUUGCAGAUCAUUCUCGAGGAAUUCUGCCACCCGAUGCUGGUGGCCGGCCUGCUCACCCAAGAGCAGCUCUCCGCGAUCUUCCUGAACACGGAAGAUCUGCUCGAGAACAACCAGACGCUGGCCGAGCGGAUGCGGGACGCCCUGGAUAUGUCCCUGGAGCAGGGGGACGACGACCUGCUGACGGUGAACAUUGGGCGCAUCUUCCUGGACUUUACCCAGAUGCUGCACGCCUUCGAGAGCUACUGCGUCCGCCAGGCGGGAGCCAGCCUGCUCCUGGCCAAUCUUGAGAAGGAGAAGGAGCUGUUGCGGAUUUUCUUGAAGGUCUCCCAAAUGGAGAAUGCCGUGUUGCGGCGAAUGAAUUUAAACUCCUUUUUGAUGGUCCCUGUCCAACGGGUUACCAAGUAUCCCCUGCUGCUGGCCAGACUGUAUAAGGUAACACCAAACCACUUGGACGGACGGGAUCUGCUGAAGCAGGCCCAGGAGAAGAUUGAACUCCACCUGAAUCACAUCAACCAGGAGGCCAAGGAUGUGCCCACUAAGCUGUGGCGCCGCAUCAGCUCAUCCAGCCCCAAUAGACGCGCCUCCUGCGAGAUCGACAUGAUCAACAUCAAGCUGCGCAAGAUGGCCAUCGAUGUCCUGGAGUGGAACCAUGACGAAGUGCGCUUCGCCAUGGAGGGUAGACUCCUGUACACCCAGCCCACGGACAGCAACUGGAAGAAAGCACGAACCAUCAAACUGACACCGGUCAACGCCCUCCUGGUUACCAAUGGCAAGCCAAGUGCCAAUUACAGGGCAGAGAAGGCCAUGUCGGAAAAACUGAAUUUCCCGAAGCACACGGGCAUCCGCGAGGCAUCGCUCCUCCUGGUGAAGGAAAAGUGCGGACGCUACACGCUGAUCCGGGAGCCGCUCUAUCUGGACAGAUGUGUCGUGUGCAGCGAAGCGGAUUGUGAUGAUUAUUUCGAAGUGCAGGAAAUUUCAUCGAAGGAUACAUUCAUAUUCAAAGCCGAGGACGGAGUGCGGACGAAGCAGUGGUACACGCAGCUGCAGUACCACGCCCAAGGAAUGGGGGCGUGGCGCAAGAGACGGAACGCCCUGGCCAACAUCAUGAUCAACGGAAUGCUGGCAAGGAGCUAGCCCAUCCCCGACACAUCCCCUCCAUAUAUGUAUAUGUAUGCCGAUUAGAUAGCGAAUCGAUGGACGUAAAACUCAACAAUUGGUUAUGCAUUUAAUGUGUAUUUAUGCGCCAAUAACCGACGAGCGAUUUCGUAAUUAUAAUUUAAGUGAUAUACAAUUGAAUCGAGCACGCAUAACGUUAGUUAGUGUUUACAUAAUAAUACCUAUACCUAUAUCUAUACAACUAUACUUUGCAUAACCAUAAUACGUACACACACGAAUACCCUGAUUACAAUGCAAUAAAAUACCUUACAUUAAUUAAACA